CUCAAGUUCUCAACCACCACAAUGGUCGCCCACACCAACGCGACACCACACUCAACAUUCGUACCACGCACGUCGGAACAAGGAAGCCAUGGCGACCCAGCUCUCCGGUGGCCAGGUUCUCUCUCUCAGCACGGAUGAGCAUCUCAGUGACAACACCCAAGACGGCUCUCCUCAAAUCCAAACCUUCACAGGCGGGGGGGAUAACGUGUCCGAGACCAAGAGGGGUCUUCUUGCCCAACAACUGCUCCAAGCACCGUCGAUUGACGCAACCGCCCUCACCGCGCUGCUGGAUCGAAUCCCAUCCGAAUCAGACCAUCGUCCGGUGCAGAGCUAUUACCCGAGUCCCUCCCGCUCGUCGACCGUCGAACCUCCCGAGGACGAAGAGCACGAGUACGAGAUCAAGUGCCACCAGGCGCUCCUCGACGACAACUGCCGGCCGCUGUUCCAUGUCGAUCUCCUCCCACAUGUUGAAGCGAAUCCGGACGCGCACACCCACCUGCUGCGGCCAUGGACCAUACAACAACACCCAGCGGAUGCGAAGGGGAAGUGGCAGGCCCUCUCCAGACAAUGGAACCGAUGGAAGGAGUUCCGCGCGUGGCAGCUGCGCGGAAGGCGCAGGAGGCCUGGGUUUGGGGAAUAUCUCGACGUAUACAGGCGCGACUACUUCAUGAGCGGGGGAACCUCCAGACGCGCGGCCGAGCCGGAGUUCGAGCAGACUGCGCGCCUGCGCUGGGAGCGCGAUUACAGCGACUACGGCGAGGACGAGGAAGAUGUCGAGAGGCACGCCGAGGUUGUGAGGAGACUGCUUCCCCGAGGGUUCGUCAUCCGGCGGCCUCUGAGGUUGUUGCUGGACCCCAAGACGCAGGACCUGUGGACUACGUACGCCGAGUAUCUCGCCUUCGAAGCGGAGUGCCUCUACCUGCUUGCCGGGGACGCGCGGAGACUGGAGAAAAAGGCGAAGGGGAAAUACGAGGUGGCUAAGGCCAAGGUCGACCAGCAGCAGUGCAGGGUUGAUUGGGUGCUGUCUGAGAUUGAGAAGAUCAAGGAAGAGCAGAAGGCUGCGGCAUGCGAGGGCAGUAGCGGCAAGACUGGCAGCAGCAAGAAAAGGAGGCCUACAGACGGCAGCGACGGACUGCAGGACGUCGUGGAGCCACGGUUAGGGAAGCGCAGGCGGAUGGGGAAGACGGACGAGGACACGACAGACAAGGACAAGACAGACGAGACGGAGGAGGUGCUAGCCAGCAGGAGCAACAACCUAUCAUAGAUAAGACGAAGCAAGAGACGUAGGCCCUGGACAGACGAGUAGGAGGAGAAAGAUCUCCCGGAACCAAGAUCUAAGAGAAGGAAGGUGGCCAGCACGAGCGGCGGCCCGGACAGCGACGGCCCAGG